UCAGAGUAUAUCUAUCUCUCUCUCUCUCUCUUUUGUUCUUUAGCUCGGUUCAAUUCUAGUAUUUUUGAGGCUUAUUUGAGUGAAGAAAAUGGAGGGAGAGAGUAGUAGCAUUGAGAAAGGAUUAUUGGUAGAAAAGGAAGAGAAUGCAAAUACAACUCCACUUCUUGUCUUCACCGCUUUCAUCAUUGUCUCUGCCUCCUUCUCCUUCGGCGUUGCCUUAGGCCACACUGCUGGUACAAUGGCUUCCAUUAUGGAAGAGCUUGAUCUUUCUAUCGCACAAACUUUGUGGAUCGCUGAGGUUUUCUGCAUAAGUGGAUGGCUUGCAAUUGCACUAGCCAAGAAUAUUAUUUGGCUGGACUUGGGACGAUUCUUUGUGGGAACUGGAGCUGGUCUCCUUAGUUACGUGGCAAAGGAAGGUCGUGACAAAGAAUGUCAGGUUGUUCUUCAGAAAUUAAGAGGAGAUGAAGCGGAUAUUCUUAAAGAAAUUCGAGAAAUCAUGAUGUCUGUUGAUGGUUCCGCAAAUACAAGCAUGCGUAGUCUCUUCAGAAAGAAAUAUACUCAUCAACUUAUAAUCGGUGUAGGUUUGAUGCUUCUGCAACAGUUAGGUGGAAGUGCAGGGUUGUCUUAUUACGCUGGUAGCGUAUUUGAUCUUGCUGGAUUUCCUUCUCGGAUUGGGAUGACGGUGUUGUCUAUUGUCAUAGUACCAAAAGCUAUAUUGGGUCUGAUUCUUGUGGAACGAUGGGGAAGAAGACCGCUUCUUAUGGCAUCGGCAUUUGGGUUAUGUUUAGGUUGUAUCUCUCUUGCAUUGGCGUUUGGAUUGAAAGGUGUCCCUGGGAUUAAUGUAAAUGUUACUCCCACUUUGGCAUUUAUAGGAAUAUUGACAUACAAUAUGAUGUUCGCAGCUGGAUUAGGAGGACUACCAUGGAUUAUAAUGUCUGAGAUAUUUCCGAUAAACAUGAAAGUAGUAGCUGGAAGUUUAGUAAGCAUAACGAAUUGGUUAACUGGUUGGAUCGUCAGCUACUGUUUCAAUUUUAUGCUUCUUUGGAGCCCAACCGGAACUUUUAUUAUAUUCGCCAUGAUAAGUGGAGUAACGAUUGUAUUCGCAUGGUGUUUGGUGCCUGAGACUCGAGGAUUAACUUUAGAAGAAAUCCAACUUCGACGUGCUCAUUAAUACUUUGAGUUGAUCUCAAAUAUCCAUUAUAAACGUGUGUAUAUACAACAAUCAAUUUUUUUCAUGUAAGAAAUUAAGUUGUUGUUC